CUCAAGGUGCUCAAAUAAUUAAUUUGGGCAACACGCAGACUUCCUGCCGGAAGGCGCUUGUUCGUGCCAAAGGGAGAGUCAAUAGAGGAAGAGUUGUGCGUCACGCCGACGUUUGAUGACGUUUGAUGUUUACUUCGUAAACGGCUGCACGAAUUAACUGUAAACUUUACUAAUGGGUUAAUGGGUGGUGGCGUUGGCGACUGGUAUCUAACUGACUGAAAGUAUUGACGUAGGUAUAAGAGUUGACAGUGAACAUAAAUUAGCUAUAAUAUUGUAAAUCUAAGAGCCUGAUUGCUGAUUGCAUUUUUGGCAUCAGUAUCGAUCACUAAUCACCCACUGAUAGUUAUUUCGGAAAUAUAUGUACAGAAUUGACCUCUCUACAGAUUUAUUAUAAAUAUAGAUAAUAAUUCGAUAAGGACGCGUUGAGCAGCGUACCGGUACGUGGACGGCGCGCUGUGAUCGUACAUAAAUAAAGCAUGUUUCCGGAACUAAAUUGAAAUGGCCCAAGUGGAGGGCGCGAGCCUUGCGAGAGCUCGUAAUCUCGUCCUCGGAGGGAGAGGAGCCCGCCGGAGCCGGAGCCGGAAAUUUAGUUUUGGCUCCGAGUGCGAAAAAUCGUUCAGAGUCCCCGCUCCGAGGCGAACGCGUCGCUUAUUAUCUUCAUUUCCUGUAUUGAGUUUCGGGAAUGAAAUAUUUGUCCUCGACAUACUUUCUAGCAGGUAGUCGCAGGUUCGACCUAACCUAGGACCAGGGUUUGACACUUUUUAGGUAUUUUAUUGAGGAUUUUACUGAUAUGUUCGAUGCCUUGUGUCGCGCGUUAUUUAGGUAUACCCUGGCAAGUCAGUUGAAUCAAAAUGAAAAUUUUGCGCAGGUAUAAAAAAAACAUACGUGACAACCCAGUGGAUAUGACCUUUGCCUCCGAUUUCGGAGGGUGUGGGUUCGAGUCCGGUCUGGCACAUGCGCCUCCAACUUUUCAGUUGUGUGCAUUUUAAGAAGUUAAAUAUAAUGUUUCUCAAACGGUGAAGGAAAAACAUCGUGAGGAAACCUGCGUACCAAAGAAUGUUCUUAGUUCUCUGCGUGUGUGAAGUCUGCCAAUCCGCAUUGGGCCCGCGUGACUAUUGGCCUAACCCCUUUCAUUCUGAGAGGCGACUUGAGCUCAGCAGAGAGCCGAAUGUGGGUUGAUAAUGAUGAUGAUGAUAAAUCAAAAACAAAUUGCUCCGUCGUUGCACGGUAACUUAAAUAUGACCUGAAAAUUUAGUACGCGCUAAGUGUCAAAAAAUUCAAAAUAUUCAAAAUUCUUUUAUUUCAAUUAGGCUUAGUUUACAAGCACUUUUGAAAGGUCAUGUAUAUGUCAAAAUUUAAUUUAAUCCAAUGGUGGUAAUAAUAGACGAAAACUUAAAAUGAAGGUUACGAGGGUUUCGAAACGCGCCUUGGUCCAAGUCGCUAUGGUUACUCGCCGUACGUCGCUAACACCCGAAAAUGUGUGACUGCGCAUAGUUCAACUUAUAGACGCGUACUAUCCAUGAACGGUGUUAAGUUUUCGCGAGAGAUUUAUUUAAUGAAAACCUAUAUACUUAUUGGUAGGUAUUCAAUAAUAAAAUUUGUAUUACGAAGUACUUAACGGGUAAUUACGUCUCAUAUAUGUAUAUUUUGAUGAAAACUUGAUAUGCAGCACUAAACGCUGCAAGAUUUACGGCGCAAUAACACGCGCCAUUACCUGUGCAGUAUUGCUGUACAGCUGUACACUCCUGCAGCUGUGCGACUGUCGCCGGCGACAUGCGCCUCGCUGUCCUUCGUGAGUAGCACAUUUCAGUACUGAUUGUAAUUAUUAUUAGAGGUUUUUAUUUUGUUUAUUGUUUGAGUACCUGAUUAAAAAAAGAGAGGUUUUUAGUACGAUUUCAUAAUUAUGUGUGUAAUUGUGUACGGGAAGCUUGCAUUGGAAGCAUUUUUCACUGUCAAGUCCGUGCAUUGUUAAGAAGCCUAAUUAAAUUAACCCAUUACUUCCCAAGCAUUGAAAGCGAUGGAAUUAAUUGUUGUAGUUUUGAAAACACAGAUUUUUGAACACCUUUGUAGCUCCUAGUUGUGUGUGUGGAGAACAGAUGAAACGUUUGGUGCGAGGGGAGAUGUUUCAGUAAGCGCGCUGUGUGCGGCGAGCGGCGUGCUGCGCGACAGGGUGUACGACAAGAUCCAGCGCAGCCUGGCCGAGCGGGCGCGCGCGCGCACCGCCAGCGCCGGCGCGCCGCUGCUGCUGCGCGAGCCGCACAGCUUCGUGCGCGGCGCCCGCCCCGAGCCGGCCCGGCGCGCGCCGCGCCUCGCGCGCUGGCGGACGACCACGAAGCACCCGGACUACGACAAGAAUCUCAACGUCAAGAUCCUGGACAUGCUACGGCAGGCCAUCUACGUGACGCAGGGGCGCAUGCGCGAGCUGGAGCCGCUGCUGGAGGAGCACCGGCAGCAGACGGCGCUGAGGAUGGCGUUCAUGUUCAACAGGCUGCAGCAGCUGGCGGAGGACAUGCGCCGCAUCUACACGCUGUCGCAGCGCAAGCAGUACCAGUUCCGCAUGUUCUACCAGCUCACGUGGCACACGCACGUGGUGCGCAAGUACCUGGACGUGCUGUACACAGUGGAGCACGUCAUCCGCACGCACGCCGCCUUCGUGGAGCCGCUGAAGAUGGAGCUGGAGAAGAUGGGCAUGGCGGUGGACGGCUGAAUAUACGUCACAUCAACGGGCUCGUUUUAUUCAUGCCGGUUUUUUUAUAUUUUCUACAACUUUAGCAGGACAAUUGUACUUGUCCACAUCGUCUACAUAAUGUGUAGAUUUGACUCUUCUUUGAUGGCGGAGAUACUGGAGUCUUUGCUGCGAUCGUAAUCUUGAGAUAGUUCUGCCACUAUGUGAUGAGUGUAUAGAGUGUGUACACAUUAUGCCGCUGUAUUGUCACCUUUGUAUUAAAGUGUAUACUGCUGCCGCAGCGGCAAGUUUUGUA